AUGGGCUCUUUCUUCUCGACGCCAUACAGGCUCUACAAGACGUUCAACCCGCCGUAUGUGCCACCUCUACCGUCCAGCAAGCCGGUCAGAUUCGGGGUGCUGGGGGCUGCUGCUAUCGCUCCCAUAGCGUUUAUCAGCCCGGCGAAGAACCAUGCCGAGGCUGUAGUCCUUGCUGUGGCUGCACGAGAUAAGGGUAGAGCGGAGGUCUUUGCGAAGAAGUACGGGAUUCCAAAGGCGUAUGGGGGGAAGGAUGGGUAUCAAGAUAUGCUGAAUGACCCCGAGAUCGACGCGGUGUACAAUCCGCUCCCCAAUGGUCUUCAUUUCGAAUGGACUAUGAAGGCGCUCGCUGCGGGGAAACAUGUCUUGCUUGAGAAACCUUCCGCUGAUACCGCCGACGAAACGCGGCAGAUGUAUGAGUACGCCGAAAAGAAGGGUCUCGUGCUACUUGAGGCCUUCCAUUACAGGUUUCACCCUGCGAUUCAACGCGUCAAAGCUAUCUUGGACAGUGGAGAGCUUGGUGCUAUCAAGGGCUUGGAAGCUAGACUGGCGAUCCCCAGAGGUGCGAUGAAGGAUGACGAUAUUCGUUUCGAUUUGUCGUUGGGAGGUGGUGCGCUUAUGGAUAUGGGGUGCUACACGAUGAAUUGCAUCCGCUAUCUAUCUGGGGCCAAUCCGACUUCGGUCAUCCACGCUUCCGCGGAGCAGCACGUCCCAUCCUCUAACGAUGCUUCUCUUCGAACUGCUGCGGUAAAUGUUGACCGCUCCACAACCGCCACGUUCGCAAUUCCAGCACCGUCUGGCUCAUCCGACAUCACCGCCACGAUCUUCUGCGACCUCUCCAUGCCCCCGACGUUCGGCGUCAUCCCGAAGAUGCCGCAGGUAAGCGCGAAGGUGGUGUGCGAGGGCGGGGAAGUUGAGCUGUAUAAUUUUCCUCUGCCAACUUUAUAUCAUUCUUUGACGGUGCGGAAGCGGGGGGCUGGGGGGAGGGUGGAGAAGAGGGUGGAGAAGGUGUAUACGUUUGGGAGUGGGAGUGGGAGUGAGGGCGCGACACCGAAGGGCGAGGUGUGGUGGACGACGUAUAGGUACCAGUUGGAGGCGUUCAUUGACAAGCUGAAGGGGCGUACGCCUCAGACUUGGUUGGACAAAGAGGAUGCUGUAAGCAACAUUGAGUGGAUUGAGAAGGUCUACAAGGAGACGGGGCUGGGUAGUCGUCCUAAAUCGACCUAUGUACCAGGAGCAUUGAGUUGA